AAGAAAACAAUCGUGCAGAACUGAUCGACAAUCGGUCGCAAGAUCAUGUCGUUGCUACUUAUACGUACGUAUACUUCAGAUUUUUUCGUUAAACGCAUUUCGAACCCGUGAAGGAAUACAAAAAAUCGAUCUUUUGAUACAAGAGAGUAAGCGACUGAGUUUCUCGCACGAUAGUCAUCGCUGGCAAUUAUCGCCUCGCUGUAGCCUAACAACAGAGUAAUGUCAAGGACACAAGGCACAAAGCACAUGCUGAAUUGAAGGGACCGACAAUGGGCCAGUGACGCUCUAGAAAUUUCAAGUACGCAGCAUCAAAGUCUGCUGAGCAUUACUUAUGAGGAAAACAUAUCACUUAAAGUCGAACGGCGGCAAAGAUAGAUCUGUGUGUGUGUGUGUGUGUUGUGUUUAUGUGUGUGUGUACAUAUAAUCAUCUGCUAUUAGCAGUUAAACGGCCAAACGAUUUUAUUUGGUGUCAAUGAAUCGCUGUGGGGUUCGAUGUAUCCCAUUACCACUUCUGCGUUCAUUGACACAUUUAUCAGCUUCUUAAUAAGGAAUAUAGGCAUAUGCUGAUUCCACUGCGAAUCAAUGUGUCGCAAGAAGCCCGAUAAGAAAGUACAUAUAGUGAUACUCCACAGUGAUUCAAAAUUGUUUUAUUUUAUUAAACUAUGAAAAAAUUAGAGAAGUAUGCGCGCGGUCAAAAUUUCGAAGAAUUUCGAUGUGAAUUGGUGCUCUCUAAAUCUCACACAGUGAAAUAUCACUCUAAAAAAAGUGAAAAUUCAGUUUGUGCUAUUUCACUUUAAUGAGAGUAAAAAAUCAGUGCUAUAAGAGCAACAACUAUUUAUAGACUCCCGAUUAUGGUCGUCGGUGAUUGAUAACGCAAUCGCCUUACGCGAAACUCUUUCCCGGACGGGCGUGACAUCUCGCAGAGUGGAAUUUACCGGUCUAAGGGAAUCCACGCGGAAGAAGUCGUGCGCGAGUGACGAUCGCGAGUGACAAUAGUAUGAGUGGCUCUAUCGCGUGCAAGGGCGGCCGCAAAUUUCGUUAAAUACUAUAAAGUCUACUUGGAGGAAUCGUCCAAUCUCCUUGAAUCAAGUUGGAGAACGGAAAACCUGCAGUCGUUCUCCUCAGCUCGCUGGAGACAUUAAGCAGAGGAGGUUCGCGCAGUCGUACUCCCACAUUUUGUGAUCGAAACCAAUGUGCCGGCAGAUUUAUCGAUCAUCGACACACGAACCAUCCGCUUCUCAUUCGUCGUGAUAUAUCGUUGUGAUCGAGUGGAUGUUACUUGUCGUGCGUUGCACAAUUAGUGCGUCACAAUCGAAAUCAAGAAACGUAAACGUAUGCAGCAUCUAACUCGAGGACGAUCAGCGAUUUAAAUAUAGCCGCGAUUUAAAUAUCCUGCAAGAAACUCAGAUAAAUUUCUCAUCUGCUAUCCCAGCGAACGUCCGAGAUGGCGAGCGUGGACAAGGAUCUUGAGGAGCUCAUGUCUCAUUUGGGUGAAUUCGGCAAAUACCAAUUCCGACAGUACAUCCUUCACUUACUCGCCGCCCUUACGGCCGGCGUACACAUGCUGUCUCUACUGACAGUCGCGGCGGUGCCAGCUCAUCAUUGCGACAUCCCAAAAGCGAACGUGUCGUCCGUCCUGACCAAGGAACUCUUCAAUUUUACCGAUCACGAUUGGGACAAUUCUUCGGAUGUGCUAGGACACCUUCCACGCCAUCUCGACAGUUGCCACUAUUUGGAUUUCGACAAUGUCACCCGGGAAUGUAACUCGUGGACCUACGACACAACGUACUUUCAGUCGUCGCGCGGGAUGGAGUGGAACUUUGUUUGCUCACGACGUUGGAUGGGCGCCGCGGCGCAAUCCUCGUACAUGUUCGGCGUGUUCGUGGGCGCGGUCACCCUCGGUAGUAUGGCAGACAAGUACGGCAGGAAGAUCAUAUUUUACGUCUCCGCCAUGGCACAAUUGGCGCUCGGAGUAUUAGUUGCCUUAGUGAACAACUUCUAUAUCUUUUUGGUAAUCCGUUUUCUGUAUGGAAUCUUCGGUUCCGCCGGCUCGUACAUCACCGGAUUUGUACUGACAAUGGAGCUAGUAGGUCCGUCCAGGAGGACCGCGUGUGGCGUGUUAUUCCAAUUGGCCUUUGCCGUAGGUUUUAUGCUGGUAGCUGUGUGGGGUGCCGUGCUCAAGGAUCGUAUGUGGCUACAGAUCGUGUAUGGUUUGCACAGCGCAAUCCUACUCGGCCACUGGUGGUUGAUGGAUGAGUCGCCCAGGUGGCUGUGGGCACACGGUCGCGCCGCCGAAGCAAUCAUCAUCGUGCAGAAGGGUUUAAAGGUGAACGGCAGCAACGUUCAAGUGGACGCCGCUAGACUGAUCAGCAAAUCGAAGGUGCAGCAGGAAGUCAAGGAGGACAAAUCGUACGGCGCACUUGAUCUCUUCAAAACGCCGAAUCUUCGCAAGAAGAGUCUGAACGUAUGUUUCAAUUGGUUCGCCAACUCGAUCGCUUAUUACGGACUGGCGCUCAACAUGGGCAACCUCGUCGGCAAUCCGUUCGUUAUGCUGUUCCUCAGCGGUGUGUUGGAGUUUCCAUCGUACGUCUUGAUAAUAUUCACCCUGGAUCGUACGGGCAGAAGAUGUUUGAUCAGCACGUUCAUGCUAAUAGGCGGUCUGUGCUGCAUCUGCGCUGCCUGCAUCACCGGUGCGACCGGCAACUUAGCGACUAUCGCCAUAGUCACAAUAGUACUCAUAGGCAAGGGUUGCAUCGCGGGCUCGUUCGCCAUAGUGUACAACUACACGGCGGAGCUGUUCCCCACGGUGGUGAGAAACACGGCGCUCGGUAUCGGCUCCAUGUGCGCUCGUCUGAGCGGCGCUCUCACGCCUAUGAUCUUCUUACUGGACUCGCUGGAUCCGCGAGUACCAGCUACGUUGUUCGGUUUCACUGCCCUGGUGGCAGGCUUUCUGUCGCUCUAUCUGCCGGAAACGGUAAAUCAGCCGAUGCCGGAGUCCAUUGAGGACGGCGAGAACUUCGGCAAAGGUGACACCUGUUUCACCACUUGCCUGGGCGGCGGUGCGAAAACCGCCGCGAGCGAACAUGAUGUUACAAUGGACAAGAUACCAGAGAAAGAUGAGAAAGAAAAAUUGAAUGAUAUAUAAACGAUCGUAUUGUGUUAGGAAAUUCACCAAGCGCCUUCAAUUAGUACUUAUAGCUGCAAUACGCUGAUAUGAAAAAUAUCUGGAUCUUGAUUUAAAUGUCAAGAUACGUGUCUUGAGAUACUUGUUAAAAACACUUAUCAAUAGAGGAAAGGAGAAUAAGAUGAAGAAAUGGAUAAGAUGUAAAAUUAAAAAAUCUAAAUUGUAAACAAUUUUAAUUUAUAUAACAGCUUUUAAUUUUUACAAAUGAUAAACAAAAACUUUAAUAAAACUAAAAAAGCAGCUUAUUAUUUUUACAUUAUCACAGAAAUUAAGAAAAACAAACAUUAGUAUCGUCAUCUGUUCUCCCUUUCUUCUACUUAUAGAGAAGCCCAUCUAAACAAUACAUGCAACGUAUCAUUGAAAAGAAGAUAUUUAGAAAUAAUUUACACAUGUACAAAGAAAGAAAAAAAAGUCAGUUUUUGGAAUUGUAUAUUUAUAUAUAUGAAAAAGAAAUUUUAUAUUAACAAUUUUACAGUCUGUUCCACAUAAGAGUAUACACGUCUAUAAGAAGAUUUAUAUGAAAAUUUUUACAAAUAUAUACCAUUUUAAAGUACUCA